AUGAAAGUCUUUGCGGGUCUACCGCUGCUCUGCGGCAUGCUCUUCGCUGCGGUUAGCUCCCAAGAUGUAUCCCUCAACUUAGCUCGAAGAGAUAGCUGGGAUGAGUUCAUUGCAUUCAUGGCCGAGGAAGGCCAGUGUAUCAACUACAUAGAUCCAAGCCCCAAUGACGGCUUGGAGCCUUGCAGGAUUUGGUGCAAGGCGAAAGGGCAGCCAGAGGACUCUGUUGGGUGCCACUCCUCGCACAUACCCGUUCCUGAUGGGAGCUAUCCCACAGACCGCGACGGCUACAAAUGGCAGCCAGGGGACUGUUUCUGCGCCGAGGAGAUCGAACCAAUCGCCGAGGCCUUCAUAACGCCUGUCCUCGAAGCUCUAUCCAAACUCGACGAAGUCAUCUGCGCUGUGUUCACCCAGGCUGUUGUGAACAGCAUCGAAAUUGGCUUCGCUUUAGUGCCGGGUGUGGGACAGGCUGCCACUGCGGCGAGACAAGCGACGAAACUGGCUGUCGAAGGUGCAAAGUCCUUCGCAGAGAACGGCUUGGGGCCUGCCGCCUACUUUGAUGACUGGGUUAGCAAGAGCUGCGGUCUAGAUAAGAUCGACCUGGCCUACGAUGACACCUUCAACGCACUCGUUGGCGCGCCGGAUUCAGUCGGAACGAGCGUUGGGUGCAAACAGAAGAACAAGAAGGCUUGUAAGAAACUUGACCCCAGGCCUGAUCCCCCUCAGACGAAGAAAGAGGAUGGUCCGACACCUACUCAGGACCGAGAAGUUCCGGCAUCCACGAAGCAACCGGAGGCCACAACGACAGCAGAUCCCCAGACUACGACAACCACUACGAGCAGUACAAGCACUACGACGAGCUCCGAUUCCCCUGGCCAGACUGCGGUCAAUUGCCAGUUGUGCAGUUCGCCAAAGUUGAAAAGGGAGGCGAGGGAGGCCAGAUGGGGUUCCAUGUUCGAAGCUCGCGCUGCCGGUGACACUUGCAUCUUGGACAAAUCGAACGGCAAAGGCGGCCAGGCUUGCCCAGCUUCCAACGCCGUCGUCAAGGUCCGCGACGGAAUCUUGCAAGACCGUGCUCUGACCGAAGAUAACCCCGUUGUCAAGGUCAAUGGCGAGGAGUUGGUGAUCGAGUGCGGGAAGCACAAGCCUUGCGCUGAUGCCAGAACUGACAGCAAGAUUGACAAGUAUUACUAUCUCGAACAAGACGCAAAAUGCGGAGGGGAUUUUGCAGUUGGCUCAAGCGCGCAAGUUGAAGGCUUGAAAUUUCAAAACGACCAUGUGUACGAGAAGCAGACUUUGGCCUUGUUUUUCGAGUGGCUCGGCAACGGGGACGGCGUUCAAAUUGGUUCCACUUUGAAGCCAGGCCCUGCUUGGGUUGCAGAGGUUCUCUUGAAGACUGAUAGCAACCGGAUCUUCCUUCUCCAGCCGUCAGAUAGGGCAGCCCUCGGAAUUCCUAACGGGGGAGCGUCGGUCGACGAUGUCAUGGCCUACGGCAUUGCACGAUCCGAUCCUGUUGCCGCGCGCGGCGGGAUGAGUAUCGACAAGACGACAAGAAACUUUGCUCUUGUCCAGGACAAGGUGAACGAGAACAAGGGGACCUUCUUCAAAGGUUCUCAGCCAUCUCCAUUGGACAUCGAGGCUGGCAGAAAAGUGAACAAGGAUAGGAAUUGGAUCAGGACUCACGCUGGCGUUUUCCAAUACCUUAACUACGUCCCUCCAAACGGCAAGGAGCGUAUCUGGAACAAGUGGAUGCGCGUCUCCAACUGGAUCGACCUAGUCCUGCACGAGUUCGAUCUGAGCUACCCUUGGGGAUCGCACGCAGACGAGCCGAGGCGCGUUGACGGCGCUAAUCCGUCGCUGCGGUCGCUGUAUAGCUACUGGAUCGACACCUAUCUAGGCGACAUUGAAUUCAAGGCUGGCACCUGGGCUACAGCGGCUAGAGAAGCCUUCCGGCUGAAUUACGGAGCCGGAGAAGCCAAUGCCGAGAAAGAAUGGGUGAGAAAAGCUUUUGGCGCAAACGGAUUUGCGACUGCAGAACGAAUGGUAUUUCCUCGACCAGAAAACAGUCCCCCCCACAUGUCGGCAUACGGGGCGUAUGGAAAUCCUGCCAUGACCUUUGACGCUGCUGGCAACGCGGUCGCAAACCUGCCGGUGAAGGCCGCGCUCUAG